CUUGCUAGGCACUUGCCAGGGAAGCAACAUCGCCGCAUCGAGUGGUCAUCGUGCCGCAACCUUAAUACCCGCAUUUACCCACGCCGGAACCGUGACCCGGUCAGACCAGCCCGUGACCUUCAGUUGCUACUACUAAAACCACAACGUGGCGACACCCUCUCGAGGAUGCAUCCACCCUAAAGUGCGGUAUAGCCCGACAUCCUACCUCCUAGAUCGAAACUUACCAUACUAUAGUUUCAGCUCUGGUGCCAUGACUCACAUGACUCCGCGCCGCCGCAAUGUCGCGCUCUUCCUCGAGCUCGUCGUGGCCCUACUCCUGUGGUCCAGGGAAUCAGAAUGGCUCCUCGUUCUGCCACGUUGGUCGUCGGACAUCGCACAAAGCGGUCAUCCCGAUAUCCAGAAUCGCACCUUAGGUUUCCAGCACAUCUUCGCCAUCAACCUCCCGCCGCGUACGGAUCGGCGGGAUGCCAUGACGAUAGCCGCCUCACUGAGCAACCUGAAUGUCACUUGGAUUGAUGGCAUAGCGGGGAAUGACGUUCUGGAUGAGGUGUUGCCCGGGAAUUCCGAGAGUCGACAGAGCGGGUUUACGGUAGGGAACAAAGGCUCAUGGAGGGCUCAUAUGAACGUUCUGCAACGCAUCGUCCACGAAAACAUCACCAGCGCUCUUAUUCUCGAGGACGACGCGGACUGGGACGUACGGCUCAAAAGACAACUGCAAGUCUUCGCCCGCGCAGCGCGUGCGUUCACGCAGCCUACAAGUAGACACGGCCAAACCCUCGCGCGCGAGCGGGAGCGGCACCACAACACCGCACGUCCGGAAGUCCACAUCAACCAGUUGCCACGGCGCAUCACCCACCACCAUCACCAAGCCGGUCCCUCCCCGUACGGAACAGACUGGGACGUCCUCUGGCUGGGCCACUGCGGCACUGAAUUUCCUUCCACCAUCAGCAGAAGCAACAAUAGCAAAACACCGCCCAACAAUCAAUUAUCCCCACCAUCUCUGCUGCGAGUGACCAUCCCCAACGACAAGACCGUCCCCUCCCCGCACCACCUCAAGCCGCACCCGUUCGCUCUGCCGGACGCCCUAGCCUCGCAGUACCCACCCCACACGCGGGUGGUGCACGCGUCGCACGGCACCGUCUGCACCCAGGCCUACGCGGUCAGCCAGCAGGGCGCGCGGAGGCUGCUGUGGCGGUUUGGGCUGCAGACGGUGAUGGCCGGGUGGGAUCUGAUGCUACGGGACUGGUGCGAUGGGUUACUAUAUUCGACGACGACGACGACGAUGACAGGGGAUGCUACGGGUGCCGGUGUCGACGAGGAGGAGGAGGAAGAGAAGGAGAAUGAGUGGAGGAGGAGGAAGGGGAGGGGGAGAGGGCCGGUCUGUGUGACGGUGCAGCCGCCGCUGUUUAGUCACCAUUAUGGGCCGGGGGCGGCGUCGGAUAUUAUGGCGCCUGGAGGCGGGUUUGUGAAUCGGGAGAGGGAGAUGACGCCUUAUGUCAGAGUUAGUGUGAGGUUGAAUAUGGAGAGGUUGGUGGACGGGCGGGAAGGGGUGGAGCAGUGGGAUGACGGGGGUUGA